UUUUAGCCAUACCUUCAGAGUAUCGUUUUCCUUUUUGUUAUACGGUGUCUGGAAAUGAAGUAUGGAAAUGAAAUAAUGAGGAAAGAUCCUGUUUUCAGAAUCUCUCCAAGAAACAGGGAAACGUAUCCAAACCCAGAAGAGCUAGAAGAAGAAGAUGAAGAUGUUCAAGCUGAAAGAGUCAAAGCAGCAAAUGCACUCAGUAUUUCAAACUUGGAUGAGAAACCAGUCAUUAUAGCAAGCUGUUUACGCAAGGAAUAUAAAGAAAAAAAGAAAAGUUGCUUUUCAACAAGGAAAAAGAAAGUAGCUGUUAAAAAUGUCUCCUUCUGCGUUAAAAAAGGUGAAAUUUUGGGAUUAUUAGGACACAAUGGAGCGGGUAAAAGCACUUCUAUUAAAACGAUAACUGGGUGCACAAAGCCAACUGCAGGAGUGGUGCUGUUACGGGGCAGCAGAGCCUCGGUGAGGCGGCAGGAAGACAGCGGCCUCCAGUUCUUGGGGUAUUGUCCUCAGGAGAGCUCACUGUGGCCCAGCCUCACAGCGAGAGAGCACCUGGAGCUGUACGCAGCUGUGAAAGGACUGGGCAAAGACGAUGCUGCCCUUAGCAUUUCACGGUUGGUAGAUGCACUCCGGCUGCAGGACCAGCUGAAGGCUCCUGUGAGGACCUUGCCGGAGGGAGGGAAGAGAAAGCUGUGCUUCGCCCUGAGCAUCCUGGGGAACCCGUCGGUGCUGCUUCUGGACGAGCCGUCGACCGGGAUGGACCCUGAGGGCCAGCGGCAAGUGUGGCUGGCACUUCAGACCACUGUUAAAAACAAGGAGAGGGGUGCCCUCUUGACCACCCACUACAUGGCAGAGGCUGAGGCUGUGUGUGACCGUGUGGCCAUCUUGGUGUCAGGAAAGUUAAGGUGUAUUGGUUCCAUUCAACAUCUGAAAAGCAAGUUUGGUAAAGAUUAUAUGCUAGAAAUAAAAAUGAAGGAUUCUACUCAAGUGGAACCUCUCCACACAGAGAUUCUGAAGCUUUUUCCACAGGCUGCAAGGCAGGAAAGGUAUUCCUCUUUAAUGGCAUAUAAGUUACCUGUGGAGGAUGUUCGCCCUCUAUCUCAGGCCUUUUCCAAAUUAGAAGCAGUGAAACAGACCUUCGGCCUAGAGGAAUACAGCCUCUCUCAGGUCACCUUGGAGCAGGUAUUCUUAGAACUCUCUAAGGAGCAGGAGAUGGGAAACUUUGAUGAUGAAAUGGAUACAACAGUUAGAUGGAAACUCCUUCCACAAGAAGAAUGUUAAAACCAAGAUGUUCCUAACAUUUGAUUUUAGGUCCUACUAAAAUCCACAAUUCUAGGAGACUUAUAUUAACAACAAAAAUAUUCGGUCGUUUAAACACUCAAUAAUAAUUAAAGCUAUAAUUGUAAAAACUAUUUUAGGGUGAGGGGGACAAGGAAAGAUAGAGAAAAUUAGUAGUUACAGUUAACAAAAUCACCUUUAUUUUAUCUUCAACAUAGGCCGAUUUUGUGCUUCAUAAUUCUAACAUUACAUAAUAACUUGUUAGUUUUUGAGGAUUGUCAAUUGAUUAAUGCUGAGCACAUUUUACAAAUAAAAAUAUCGUUUUUUAGCUUAAGCUUCAAAUAUGUCAGCGACUUAAAAAAUUAUUUACUUAAAUUCUAGUUUAGUGUGAUGUUGAUUAUUAGAAGAUCAAAUAAUUUGAUGUGUGAAGUUGCACAGCAUAAUAUUUUAAUAUAAUGAUAUAUUCUGAUUAUAAAAUAAAUAUAUGUGACUUUUAGGUUAUAUAGAAGUUAUAUGGAUGAAAAUUUUUUCCAAUCUGUAAUAAAACACCACAGUUAAUAUUUUGGCCAACCUAUAUUCAAUGUAUUUUUCUGAGUACUUUUUAAAAGUUGAUAUCAAUGAACAUAGUAAUUUUCUUACCUCACUUCACAGUUCAUGAACAUUUCCCUAGUCAUUAUGACACUUUAUGUAAUAGUUGCAUUGACGUAACGGCUGCACUGAUGUACUAUCAUGGUUUUUACAUUUUGGUCUUAUACAAAGUUAUGUCUUAUAAAUAAAGCUUUGAUGAACUUC